AUGUUCUCCAUUGAAAGGCUUGACUCCUCCAAUGAGUCCUUCUGCUUGAGCUGUUCACGUACGAGUGAUAGUCGUCGCGAUAGAUCGCACACCAUUUCGAUAUCGCUGCGGGUCUUCCUCGGUAACGGUAAUGAUUCUCUUCGCAAGUUCACUCGUCGUUUUACAUUCAACGUUAACUCUGAGCUAUGUCGUACACCGUAGACGAAUUGUCCAAUUUGGCCGUCAACUGCCAUAUCUUUCAGCUUCUGCCAUACCUGAUCAAUUCGUUUGUCGAGGGUGAGCUUGUUUUCCAAGAGUCUGUCACGAUACCUCUUUUGA